AUGAUGUGGCUCUACGUCCAAAGGCCUUUGCGCUUCUUCUACUUCCUAGCAUCAUCCUCAGACCUCCGGAGGCUGGAGCGGGGAGAGAAAGAGGGGGUCGCGCAGCCCAGCGUGGACAGCAGUACUAUGGGAAGGAAGGACAACGACUGUGGUUCCUGGAGAGAUGGUGAUGACCCCAAGACAGACCUCCACACAGACGGACAGACCGGACGCUUCGACCGGCGAGCACACCGCACCGCCACAGAAACCGAUAACUCGCCUGAGGACGACUCGCUGCGCCUUGAAUCUGCUCUUCUCGGUGACAGCGCCGUCAGUGCUGACGAUGACGGAGUAAAGAGGAGUCGCAAGGGAGAGAGCGUUGAGGACGAUGAGGAGGAGGGCCACCUGGUCUAUCACGUCGGCCUUGUGAUGAAAGAAAGAUAUGAGGUGGUCUCUACGCUGGGAGCAGGAGCCUUUGCAAAAGUGGUGGAGUGUAUUGACCGGGACAAAGAUGAGCAUGUAGCUGUGAAGAUUGUGAGGAACACGGAGUGUUUCCGUGACGUAGCGAGGUCUGAGAUAGCAGUGCUGGAGGCGAUCAACAGCCUGGAUGAUGACAACAGAUUUGCCUGCGUGAGGAUGCUGGACUGGUUCGAGCACGAAGGUCACAUCUGCAUCGUGUUCGAGCUGCUCAGCCUCAGCACCUUCGAGUUCCUCCGACGGAACGAGUUCCUGCCGUUCAGUGUGGAGCAGAUCCGGCACAUGGCCUUCCAGAUCUUCAGAGCCGUCUGCUUCCUGCAUCGAAACAAGCUGACCCACACAGACCUGAAACCGGAGAACAUCCUGUUCGUGUGCUCUGACUGCGACUACGAGUACAACGAUGAGACGAAGAGGAAACUGAGGAGCCUGGAUGUGAAGGUGGUGGAUUUCGGCACCGCCACAUUUGACCAUGAACACCACGAAUCCCUGGUGUCGACACGCCACUACCGAGCUCCAGAGGUCAUCCUGGAUCUGGGCUGGAACCAGUCGUGUGAUGUUUGGAGUCUGGGCUGCGUUCUCAUGGAGUUUUACCUGGGACGUACACUCUUCCCCACCCACGACAGUAAAGAACAUCUGGCGAUGAUGGAGAAAGUCCUGGGACCGAUCCCCCCCCACCUGCUGAAACAGACCAGAAAGCAGCACUUCGUGCACAACGAGCGUCUGGACUGGGACGAGCACAGCUCCUCUGACGAUUACAUCGGGAAACACUGUAAACCGCUCAAGCAGUACAUGCAGAGGAAGAGCGAGGAGGAGAGGCAGCUGUUCGACCUGCUCGGCUGCAUGCUGGAGUACGACGUCCGCAGACGGAUCACCCUGGAGGAGGCGCUGUGGCACCCGUUCUUCAGCCCAAUGAGGACGCAGAAGCAUCAGCGCAGUUAG